AUGAUCGGAGACCCACACCCCGUGUUCCCUAAAAAGAGAAGCAAGUCCGAAGGACACAGAUCAAACUGUGGCUGGAAAGGUGUAGCCAAUUUGCUUCAAUCAUAUAAGUCUGUUGCGCUUCACAAUGGAUCCUCGAACUGGGUCAGCUGUGAAGUCGUUAAAACAGCCUUGGGAC